AUGUUUCCACUUGUUGUUUCAAGUAUUGCAGCUCAUCUGCAUUCUGGUGAACUUGUAGCUGUUAAAGUGCAGAGGCCUGGUAUGCAUCUUUUAUUGACCCUUGAUGCCUUGUUAUUCCACAUGGUUGGUGGCCAAUUAAAGCGUUUUGCAAAGGCUCGCAAGGAUCUAUUAGUAGCCGUGAAUGAGAUGGUCAGGCACAUGUUUGAUGAAAUUGAUUACAUCCUGGAGGGGAAAAUGCUGAACGCUUUGCUUCUCUAUAUGAUUGCUGGAUUCUGCUUGUUUUCAUCAGGUGAUGGUCCAAAAAGUCAUCAAAAUGCUACAAUUGGUAAUUUUGUGAAAAACGAGAAAGAAAAUUGCAUCAAAGUUCCUAAAAUAUAUUGGGAAUUCACUCGCAAGGCUGUUCUUACAAUGGAAUGGAUAGAUGGAAUCAAACUAACCGAUCAAGCUAUGCUGGAGCGGGCUUGUUUGAACAGAAGGAAACUGGUCGAUCUGGGAUUAUACUGCUCUUUGAGGCAAUUGCUUGAGGUUGGCUUUUUCCAUGCCGAUCCUCAUCCAGGAAACCUUGUUGCUAUUGACCGUGGCUCUUUAGCAUAUUUUGACUUUGGAAUGAUGGGGGAUAUUCCACGCCAUUACCGUGUGGGACUUAUUCAAGUGCUUGUGCACUUUGUUAAUCGUGACUCUCUGGGUUUGGCAAAUGACUUUCUUUCUUUGGGAUUUAUUCCUGAAGGGGUUGACGUACAAUCAGUUUCAGAUGCACUGCAAGCAUCCUUUGGUGAUGGGACAAGACAAUCUCGAGAUUUUGAGGCCAUAAUGAACCAACUCUAUGAUGUUAUGUACGAAUUCAACUUCUCUCUUCCCCCAGACUAUGCACUGGUGAUAAGAGCACUUGGAUCACUCGAAGGCACGGCAAAAGUUCUGGACCCUAACUUCAAAGUUGUUGAAAAAGCAUAUCCCUUUGUAAUAGGGAGGCUAUUGGCAGACCCGAAUCCUGAUAUGAGAAGAAUUUUGAGAGAACUUCUCAUCCGCAAUGAUGGAUCUAUAAGAUGGAAUCGGCUAGAGCGGCUGGGGGAAGCAAUAUCUGAACAAGCUUCAGACUCAAGUGAAGAGUCCCCUAAUUCUGAAGAAAAUUCUUCAGAUCCUUUGGGAUGGAAAUCAUUUGAUAUGCGUUCUGUUGUUAAUGCCACAGAAGAUCUUUUGCUAUUCAUUCUAUCUGAAAAGGGUAGCAGGGUGCGCGUUUUCCUUCUCCGUGAUAUAAUUAAAGCAGCAGAUGAUUUUCUGCAGGACGAAUUUGGUUGCACUUUAAAUGGGAAACCUGAAGCAAGAGAGCCAUCAGACUCUGAGGGACAUGCGAUGGACACGAGGGUUGCCAAGGGGUUUCACUAUCUACGUCAAGCAGUAAAGCUGGCCCCAGAGUUGUGGACAGCAAUGCUCAUACGCAUGGCAUUAAAGCCCGAGGUUCAUAGGUUUUCUGUUGACAUUAUUUCAGCCUUAAUUACGCAUCUUAGUCAUAAACUUCCUGAAACUUCUUGGAUUUGUAUGUCUAGUCUUCUCCACAAGAUGUGCAUAUACAUGAUUAAGAAUGAACCCACCCUCACAGAGCUCGCUGGUUUUGACGGUGAACAGGCAUGGAGAUAUCUGAUAUUCCAUGCUUGCCGCUGUCGCCAAGUUUAUGCUGAUGAUGCACCUGUAAGCGGUGGUGGUCUCAGUCAGAAUGGAAAAUUCAGUUAUGGAUAUGCAAGCUCUCCAGGGAAAAGAGCUUCCAUGGAAGACUUUUAUGAGACAAGAAUUGAUGGUGUUGCUGGAGAGAUAGUUGGUCUUUUUGGAGUUUUCGAUGGUCAUGGAGGUGCACGAGCUGCUGAAUAUGUGAAACAUAACCUUUUUAGCAAUCUGAUCAAGCAUCCAAAGUUUAUUUCUGACACCAAAUCAGCUAUAGCUGAUGCAUACAAUCACACAGACUCCGAAUUUCUGAAAUCCGAAAAUAAUCAGAACAGGGAUGCUGGAUCAACUGCUUCUACAGCAAUUCUUGUUGGUGAUCGUUUGCUUGUCGCUAAUGUUGGAGAUUCCAGAGCUGUCAUAUGCCGGGGUGGUAAUGCUAUUGCCGUGUCCCGAGAUCACAAGCCAGACCAGACUGAUGAACGGCAACGGAUUGAAGAUGCUGGAGGAUUUGUCAUGUGGGCAGGCACUUGGAGAGUUGGUGGUGUCCUAGCUGUCUCUCGUGCAUUUGGUGAUAGGCUCUUGAAGCAGUAUGUUGUUGCUGAUCCAGAAAUCCAGGAGGAAAAGGUCGACAGCUCCCUGGAGUUUCUUAUCCUUGCAAGUGAUGGAUUAUGGGAUGUUGUCACAAACGAGGAAGCUGUUGAGAUGAUCAGGCCAAUCGCAGAUCCAGAGCAGGCAGCAAAGAGGUUGUUGCACGAGGCAUACCAGCGAGGUAGUGCAGAUAACAUCACCUGUGUUGUCGUCCGUUUCUUGGACAAUCAAGGCGCUACAUCUCGCAGUGGCUCUGUGUAA